AUGUGGAUGGACGGGGCGCCGGACCCGUGCAUGCUGCUGGACCUCCCUCAGGGCGUCCUCCAGGACAUCGCUGACCGUCUGGAGCGCCCAGAGCGCAUUGCCUUCGCGAGCUGCUCCCGUCAGUGCAUGGCGCACGUCCUCGGGACGCCGCUUGCGUGUCUACGUAUCCCGCACUCGUGCACCGCCCUCCUGGACGAGGCACACCGGCAGCAGCUCGAGAGACUCCGGGAGGACUGGGCGGCAUGCGAGGGCGCGGUCGUUAGCGUGCAGGACGUCGGCGUCGGUAUCGAGCACCUCGACGCGCUGUACCGCGCGGCGGCCGAGCGGCCGCGCGACGCCGGGGCGAUGCUGCAGCUGCUCGUUGGCCGCGGACAUCAGCACGCUGUUCGGCGCCUCAAGCUCGCGUGUCACAACGUCGGCGUCGUGCCGGAGGGGCUCUCGCGCCUCCAGUGGCUCGAUCUGACGCAGUGCCACCUGCGUCCGGUCGGCUUCCUCCCGCCGAGCAGCCUCGCCAGUCUCCGCGUGUUGAAACUGAAUCGAACAUUGAUCACCGCGCUUCCGGAGGGCCUCGUCUCCCUGGAGCGCCUCGAGAUCUCCACGUGCAUCGACCUCCGCUUCCCGCUUCCGGAGUCGAGCACGCGGCGGCUGCGCUCCCUCGAGGCCAUGAGCAACCGCGUCACCAAGGUCGCGACGUCGGCGCCGGCGCUGGAGGAGCUGGACGUGUCGUACGUGUCGUGCUGCGCCGAGGACCCGGACUCCUGGAUCCCCGACGACGCGCGCGGCACGCUGCGCGUCCUGCGGAUGCUCGGCACGAACGGCGUCGCGCAGGUGCCGCGGGGCCUGCACAAGCUGGAGCGCCUGACCCUCGAGUGGAACGCCCACGUGGCGCCGCUGGACCCGGACGGAUGGCUGCCGGCGUCGAGCGUCGGAAACAUCCGCGUGCUCCGCGUCAGCGGCACCGGGUUCGUCCGAAUGCCGCCCGACAUGCAUCGCCUGGAGGUGCUGGAGGCCACCUACUGCACGAGGCUCGAGGAGCCGUGGCUGCCGCUGAGCUCGAGCAGGAGCAUCCGCGAGCUCAAGAUGACGGGCGCGAAGGUGUCCCAGGUGCCCGAGGGACUCGUGAGCCUCGCGACACUCGACGUGAGCUACUGCACCAACCUGCAAGCGGCACGGGACACGUGGCUCCCUGAGAGCUCCGGGCGGCGACUGACCACGCUGUGCAUGUGCUCGACGGACCUCAAGGCGGUUCCGGACCACCUGCGCGAGCUGCGCGUGCUGAACGCGGCGAUGUGCGAGCGGCUUGCGGGGCGCUGGCUGCCGCCUCGCGUCGGACGCCAGAUCCGGGUGCUGCUGCUGAGCCAGGCGCGCAUCACGCGGCUGCCGGGCGGGCUGGAGGCCCUGGAGGUGCUCGACGUGUCGCAUUGCAGGAAUCUCGACCGCAAUUGGUUGCCGCGGGACAGCAGAAGGCGGCUCAAGGUGCUCGAGGCGCACACGAGCAACCUUUCGAGACUCCCGGACGACCUGGAACACCUUGAGCAGCUCGAUCUGUCGUGGUGCAAGCUGGCGGAGAACUGGCUGCCGCCGGGCAGCCGCGGGAUGGUUGCGUCGCUGCGCGUGGCGGGCACGUGUGUCGAGCGCGUGCCCCCGGGGCUCGCGAACCUCACCAGGCUCGACGUGUGCCACUGCAACAAGCUCGAACCUGGGGCCUGGCUCCCGGCGUCGAGCGCGGAGCGGCUGCAGACGGUGUAUGCCUUCCGAACAGAUCUGACGCAAGAGGACGCGCCGACGCACGCGCAGGUCGUCCGCAAGGACACGCAGGGAAUAUUGAAGCUCUAG